UUUUAUAAUAGUUUUUUCUAUUCCAUUUGAACAAUUGAUGAUAAAAAUGGAAAUGGAAAAAAUUAAAAAAAAUGAAUAGAAAAUUAAAAAGGACAACAUUACAUUAAUAGAAGUGGAAAACCUAAGAACAUUUGCUAAUUGAAGAUAACUGAAACUAUUUGG